GUUGAGGCAUCAACGUUUCGUGUCGGUGUUUAAUGUUGAUACUUGUUGAAAGAUUUAAUAAAGUAAUAUUAACUUUAUAAUUUAUUACAUUCCAAUAUAAUAUAAUUACCGCUAUGUCGGGUCAGAACGUUAACGUCUGUGAUAUUGGUGAAGAUGUUAAGGAAAAACUAAAGAAGUUCCGUUUCCAAAAACACACUUCGAACUGUGCUCUGAUAUUAAAGGUGAACAGGGACAAACAAGCGCUGGAAGUGGAUGAUGAAUUAGACAAUAUAGAGCUAGAGGACCUGCAGGAGAUACUCCCGUCACAUCAGCCCAGGUUUAUAGUUUACAGCUACAAACUGGAACACACGGACGGACGGAUAUCAUUCCCGAUGUGUUUCAUAUUCUACACGCCGCGGGACGCUCACAUGGAGCUGCAGGUGAUGUACGCUGGAACACAACGUGCCUUAGCUGCUGCUGUAGGGGCUCCGAGGCUGUUGGAAGUCAGAGAGAUUGACGAUCUCACCAACGAAUGGCUCAACGACAAACUUAAAAGAUAGACCGAUAUAGCAUGUGCC